UAGACCGUCCGGCUCAUCAGUGCACUCGCGCGCGCGUUACAAGUAACUCGUGUACAAUCGGUCUCCGGUCCGGACCGUAGUGCGAACAACGGCUCUUUAGUUAACGGUAGUCCGCGAAUAUCAUCAUGACGCGUCACAAACGUGCUAACACGAAGUGGACAUUAGUUAUAGUUUUAUUUGUUUUGUGUCAAACGGUUCUUUCGCGACCUCAAAAUGAUACAUCAGUGCUAAGUUCUACUCAACCCAGUGCUGGAGACGGUUCAUCAGAAAAUCCUAUAAGAAACGAAAAUGUCGAGGAUGCAAAGCCAAAAGAUCCCUCGCCGCACCGCUCUGAAUCUUCUAGUACACCAAGAGAAGAGAAGAAGAAUAAGCCACCAAUUAUUGGAAAUUCAAUCCAAACGGUUGCAGGUCAAUUGCUUCACAAAACUGCAAACGAAACUAUCGAAAACCCGAUUGUAAUAGAUACAAGAAUACCUCCCAAGCUAAAAAGUCAGCUGAAACAUCGCAUAAAGACAAGAAACGAUGACGGCGAUGAACCAAUUGAAAAUUUUCACACUGGUAUAGCGGUUCCUGUAACUAUGGAAGAAUUAGAAUCUGAAAAUACAGUUACAGACGUAGUAAGUGAAUCAUCUACUCCAAACGAAGGAAUAUCAACGUGGAUUCUUUUAAACAACCCAUCAAACAAAGAAAAUCCAUCAUCUACAACAGAACCAACGAAAAUUGAAGAUCAACCUAAAAAACAAAAGCCUGCAAACACUAAGAACAAGAAUAAAAGACCACAAAAUAAUAAAGUCCCAAAAAGACCAAUCAUCGGUAGUACAAAUAAAUCUGAUCUAAUCGCCGGUGGUUCCGCUAUAAAUGAAAAUGUGUAUAACAAAAUAAAGGACACUGUUUUAUCGAACGUACAAAAGAACAAAAACACUGUUCAACGUACAACAACCACUACUACGCAAUUAACUACGACAGAUACACCAACAACCAAAAGGGAAGCUACUAAAGCACCAAGUUCAGCGGUAUCUGUAGCUAAAGUAACAUCCAAACCUGCAAAAAAGAAGAACAAGAAUAAGGUAAAAGUGAGCACUUCUGCUCCCGAAGUUAGCGAAUCAGCUUUAUUACCCAUGGAAGCUAAAGAGCAGGAAAUAGAAAUCGAAGUAAGUACACCUGUAACAACAACUAAAAAACCUAAACGGUCAUCUACUAGAAAGAAAAGUAAGACAAAGAAAAGGAAAACAACUAAACCUAAGACCGACAGCACCACUGCUGUUACAACUGAGUUGAAAACUGCAAAUAAAACAAAAUCGACAAAACAACCGAAACCUGCCACAAACGGACCAAUCACAUCACAAAUCUACAAUUAUUUUUCAAGGGAAGUAAUGCCCAGUGUGGGUGUAGGCGUCAUUGGAUUAGCCAGUUUAGUAGGAAUUGCUAGUUACUUCUUGUAUCCGUUUGCGUCUCCGGUAAGACGAACUUUCGAAGUAGAUAAGAAGGACGACAUUUACAAGCACAAUGCCGAGGAAUAUGGAAGUGAGGGCAAUGGUCAAGCAGAAGAAGAAAUGUUAGGAACUGUGCUUGCAGGAAUGCCAUCACAUGCAAAGCACAAAAUCAUAAAUCCAUAUGCUGCUCAAACUCCAUCUAUAAAUCGGUAUCAAGUUAAAAAGGAUCAAGAUAUUAGGUAUCGUCAUGUCCAACAACCGGCAAAUUAUGACCCACACUAUAAAGCACAACAACAUUAUGCUCAACAAAAAACUGGUAUCGCUCAUGGCGCCGUAUAUCCCGAAUCAUUACAUUACAAUCACCCGCAUUUCGAAACACGGCACGCUUACACAACUGAACACAAAUAUGACAAAGCUUCAACGUCCUAUACUCCUUAUCCUGCAGUAGAACCUAUUUAUGCAGCUCCACAUACAGGCUCAGGAAUUUCGUCGUACGGCAGUGACACAGGCAACGCUGUAGUCUACGGUGUUAAACCUUCUGCAGAAUCUGAUUUCAAGCCGGUUUAUCCGUUCGAUGGACAGUUUUACAGCGAUACAACUAAUCCACCUGCUACAUAUGCACCAACAUCAAUGUUUUUAGGUUCUAAUAAUGAGGAGGAGGAUGCAUCGGAUAAAUAUGAUAACUCAAAUUCUAACAGUGGCAUGGCAGAUAAUAAAUUUGUCGUGGGCAAUGUUCCUAAAGAACUAAGUGAGGAGUCAGAUACGCCAGCUGUUGUUCCAGAACACGGGCCUAGAAGUAUAAGAAGGCGUCGUCAUUUACGUAAGCGUAGAAGUCUUUCACAAUCUAUUGACGACUUGCUCAAAGCUGCAAAAGAUAAUAGAGAUGUUUUCUUGAGCAAUGAAAUAGACGAAAUUCCUAAUAUCCCAGGGAAAUAUUCCAGCAUGUACGAAAUGCCAGCGGAAAGUAUCAACGUACCAAAAACUUCGGAAGGUGAUAAUGUUCUGGCAGUUUAUGCAGUGUCUAUGGAUCCCGCUAAAGACCCAUCUCUAUCCGAAACUACUACAAUGAAAAGUAUUGUAAUUGAAAGUGUUUCAACUAUACCCUUAGAUCAAACCAAGCAAGAUAUAACAACAAUAGAAACAGAAGGUGCAAAAGAAUUGGAUGUUACAACAAAGACGUUUAAAGUAUUCGAAGUGUUCACUAAUAACCCUUUAACAACCGACAAGAGUAGCCCUUUAAUAAUCGAAGACGCAGAAAAAACUGACACUACUCAGGUAAGAAAUUCGAAUACAGAAACUACAACAGAAUUAAAAUCAGAAACCACUUCAACCAUGCCUCCUACUCCUUCACCUGUUACUGAACCUAAAAUACCAGUCACGUCACCAACACCCGAUAGUCCAGAAGUUAUAACUUACCCACCGUUAAAUCAAGAUGGCGGAUUUUUCGGUUUCCUAAAACGUUUAGUGGAAUUCAAAUACAGACUUGGAUUAAGUAUAUUGCAAACGACGUCUGAUUCUCUUAACAGAUAUUUACGCACGAUGGAAGACACAGUGAAGAAUGCAGCGAAUGCGUCGCAUCAUUAAUUUAUUACUAGGUAAUUUAUCAGAUACUCAGAAUUUCGACUGUUUUAUAUUAAUUUCUUUCUACAUUUUACAUUAAUAUUCAAUAAAAACCCAAACGAAUUAGAUCAAGGUUAAUCGAAGCUUUUAUGGAUCGAGGGAACUUGACUUUUUAGGUGUUCUACUGACGUGUUUUUAUAACGACAUUCGUACGUGUAUCGAAAUCAAAAUGAAUUUAACAAAGAUGUUUAAGACAUUUUUUCACCAGUACUUUCUUUGAAAGGAUAAUAAGCUCCAUCUGUUAUAAAAUAAACUAUAUAGUGUCUAAAAAUAAAGUAUAAACUUAAGCAUUAUUUAAUGAGAUUAUUGGCAAUUAAUUUAAAUGCAAUUACCCCUAAUUAUAUCGACAUGUUUUGAGGAUAUGUCAAUAGAUAGCGUUAGUGAGACCAACAAGUGAAGUGUCAACUAUGCCAUUCUUUUAAAUCUCUUUGGUAUUUAAAAAUCAAAAUGUAGACCUUUUAAAUUGUGUAUUUUCGCAAAACCGAGAAAUUAUAAGACUUGAAUUUAUCUUAAGUAUACUAUUCCUUGCUUUAUUUUCUAUUGUAUUGUAUUAGUAUUAACCUUAUGCAUUUAGAUUACAAGUAAAGGACUAUUACGAGCACUUUUUACUAUUUACUAAGAAUGUAACAAAAAUUUUUGUAAGUGUAGUUUGUCACUUGUCGUUAUAUUUUUAGAAUAAACAUCACUAAUUAAAUAGAAACAUACCUAAUUAACUUUUCAACGUGUUAAUAUGGUUUGAUGUGACUGUAUGAAAAUUACUUCAAACGAAGCCUUUUUUUUAACUGUCGACGAAAGACACUCAUUUCUUAUUCUGUAGAAAAAUAUGUAAAAAAAUAUCGAAAAUUUUAGUACCAAUACUAUUGGAAAAUCCUCAACUAUUUUCGUUAAAAGACAUGUUUAUAAAACUAGACGAUAGAUGGCACUGUUCAAUAUUGUUAAAUUGUUAACUCUCCAAAUUUUUUUUAGAAAAUCUAAAUGGAUGUUAUAUAUUUUGAGAAUGUUAUCCUCGAUGUUUUUAAAUUAAUUAAUUGAGGAAAGCCUUCUGAAUUUAUAUUGUGAUAUAAUCGAUGUAUUUAACACGAAAAUAUUUUAGGGUGAGUUGCACCAUAUCGCCGGUUACGGUUAAAGUUAAAAUUAUCUGUAACGGUAAUAUUUGG